AUGAAUUAUAUACGGUUCAUCACAGCCAAGAGUGCGGCCAGAAAACCUUAUUCCAUCAGAGUCAUGUAUGAGAAAUUGGACAAGGCCCCGAAAUCUGUCAUCUCCUUGGCAACUGGAUUACCAAACCCCAACAUGUUCCCUUUCAAGACUGCAGUUAUCACCACAGAAAACAGGAAAGUUAUCCAAUUUGAUGAAGAGUUGAUGAAGAAAGCACUGCAGUAUUCUCAGAGUGCUGGAAUCCCAGAGCUGUUAUCCUGGCUAAAACAGUUACAAGUAAAAUUGCAUAAUCCGCCCACCAUCCAUUAUGCACCCAGCCAAGGGCAGAUGGACAUAUGCGUUACAUGUGGCAGCCAACAAGGUCUCUGUAAGGUGUUUGAAAUGAUCGUUAAUCCUGGAGAUAAUAUCCUUGUAAAUAAACCUGUUUAUUCAGGAACAAUUCAUGCUCUGCAACCUCUGGGCUGCAACAUGAUUAAUGUUUCCAGUGAUGAGCACGGGAUUAUUCCAGACUCCCUCAGAGAAAUACUUUCCAAAUGGAAACCAGAAGAUUCAAAGGACCCUGAGAAAAACACCCCCAAAUUUCUUUACACUGUCCCAAAUGGCAACAACCCUGCUGGGAACUCGUUAACAGCUGAGAGCAAAAGGGAAAUCUAUGAGCUCGCAAGAAAAUAUGACUUCCUCAUCAUAGAAGAUGAUCCUUACUAUUUUUUGCAGUUCAACAAGCCCUGGGCACCGACAUUUCUCUCCAUGGACGUGGAUGGGCGUGUCAUCCAAGCUGAGUCUUUUUCCAAAGUCCUGUCCUCGGGGUUGAGAGUAGGGUUUAUAACUGGUCCAAAGCCCUUGAUUGCGAGAAUUGUUUUACACCUACAAGUGUCAACAUUGCACACCAGCACUUUUACUCAGCUCCUGGUAUCACAACUUCUACAUCAGUGGGGAGAAGAGGGCUUUCUGGCUCACGUCAACAGGGUUAUUGAUUUCUACUGGAAGCAGAGGGAUGCAUUACUGGCAGCAGCAGACAAGUGGUUAAGUGGUGAGUGGAACAUACAUCCUAUAUUCAUGCUUCCAGGACAUGAUUUCUACAUUGAUAGUUCAGCUCCUUGCCCCUACUUCAGAGCAUCCUUCUCUUCAGCUUCUCCAGAACAGAUGGACGUGGCCUUUCAGAGAUUAGCUCAACUUAUAGAAGAACCUCUAUGA